GUGGAGCGAGCCCGAGGGCACCGCCGCCUCGGACGGCCCGCAGAGCCCCGCCGCCAUGAGUGAAAUUCCUAAGGACUCCUUGAAAGCCGUUCUGUUAGAGUUGGACUGUCACUUUACAUGGAAUUUACUUAAGGAAGAUAUUGAUCUGUUUGAUGUAGAAGAUACAAUUGGGCAACAGCUUGAAUUUCUUACCACAAAAUCCAGACUUGUUCUUUAUAAUUUACUGGCCUAUGUGAAACAUCUAAAAGGUCAAAAUAAUGAUGCCCUAGAGUGUUUGAAACAAGCAGAAGAAAUAAUCCAGAGAGAACACUCAAAUGAAAAAGAUGUACGAAGUCUGGUCACUUGGGGAAACUACGCCUGGGUGUCUUACCACAUGGACCAGCGUGAGGAAGUUCAGAAGUAUAUAGACAAGGUAGGGAAUGUCUGCAGGAAAUUGUCCAGUCCUUCUGACUACAAGUUGGAGCGCCCUGAGAUUGACUGUGAGAAAGGGUGGGCACUCUUGAAAUUUGGAGGAAAGUAUUACCAAAAAGCUAAAGCAGCUUUUGAGAAGGCUCUGAAAGUAGAACCUGACAAUCCUGAAUUUAACAUUGGCUAUGCCAUCACUGUGUAUCGGCUGGAUGAUUCUGAUAGAGAAGGGUCUGUAAAGAGCUUUUCUCUGGGACCUCUGAGGAAGGCUGUUAUGCUGAACCCGGACAACAGCUACAUUAAGGUUUUUCUGGCCCUGAAGCUUCAAGAUGUUCAUGCAGAAGCUGAAGGGGAAAAGUAUAUCGAAGAAAUCCUAGACCAGGUAUCAUCUCAGCCUUAUGUCCUUCGUUAUGCAGCUAAAUUCUAUAGGAGAAAAAAUUCCUGGGACAAAGCUCUUGAACUUUUAAAAAAGGCUUUGGAGGUGACACCAACCUCUUCUUUCCUGCAUCACCAGAUGGGGCUUUGCUACAGGGCACAAAUGAUCCAAAUCAAGAAGGUCACGCGCAACAGACCUAAAGGAAAAGAUAAACUGAAGGUCGAAGAGUUGAUUGCAUCCGCUAUAUUUCAUUUCAAAGCAGCUGUGGAACGAGACUCUAUGUUUGCAUUUGCCUACACAGACCUUGCCAACAUGUAUGCUGAGGGAGGCCAGUAUAGCAAUGCUGAGGACAUUUUCCAGAAAGCUCUUCAUCUGGAGAAUAUAACUGAUGAUCACAAACACCAGAUCCACUACCACUAUGGCCGCUUUCAGGAGUUUCACUGUAAAUCAGAAAAUAUUGCCAUCUACCAUUACUUAGAAGCCUUAAAGGUCAAAGACAGGUCAUCCUUGCGCACCAAAUUGAUAAGUGCUCUGAGGAAAUUGGCUACCAAGAGACUUUGUCACAAUGCUUUAGAUGUGCAGAGUUUAAGUGCCCUAGGGUUUGUUUAUAAGCUGGAGGGAGAAAAGAGACAAGCUGCUGAGUACUAUAAGAGGGCCCAGAAGAUUGAUCCUGAAAAUGCAGAAUUCCUUACUGCUCUCUGUGAGCUUCAACUUUCCUUUUAAAUACUUACCCUAGGAAAUGUGGUUUAAGUUCCCCGCCCCCAUUUUGGUUUCUUGUAUUUUGAUUGUUUUGAUCCAUCUUCAUUAUAGAGCCAAUAUUUUUUGAGUUAACUAUGUUCUAGACAUUGUACUUAAAUUUUCUAUUCAUUACGAUGAA